AUGGAUGAUUUUAUUGAUUACGAUAUAGAAUUGUUAGAAAGUGAAGAAUUGGUUGACCUUACACAAAGUUGUCCCUCUCAAAAUCAACCACCGAAGCCGGCGUCUAAGAAAAAAAGACGGAUGGAAUUUUUCUCAAACGAUGAGAAAAAGCUACUGAUUUCAAAAGUCAAAAGUCAUCCGGCAAUUUGGAGUUUGCAGGAUCCCGAUCAUCAUAACAAUGGAGCAAUUAGAAUGGCUUGGAAGCAAAUCGCUGGUGAAUUGUGCAGAACACCUGAUCAAUGCAAGACGGCAUGGAUUGCCAUACGGGAAAGCCACCGCUAUAGGAAACGCAUGAUGCUGAAGCGGUCUGGUAGUGAUGGUGGAGAACCCUUGCCAGGUCCUUCUACAGAAGAUUUGGAUUGGGAAUUUGCUGAGGAUCUGGCAUUUCUACCAGAUAUUUCGAGGAAGAGAAAGACAUUCACGACGGCGCAGAAUGGUUCUUCACAAAUAGCGUUGGAAAGAAUUACUGGUGAUGCUAACGGAAAUUCUCAAUCUAAUUAUUGUUAUCAAACUCAUCCAUCCCAGCGCAAGCCACGAGAAGAUGAAACGGUUUCUAUAUUGGCUGAUAAUAUUGCUGAACUGAUUCAGCAUCAGAAAUCCACACCGCAAACGGACAGAGAAGAGCACCCCAUUGUGCACAAGACUGCACUAGCAAAUAUAGAUAGGAUGCUACAGCAGCUACCGCCGCACGUAAUCGAAGAUUCCCUAUUUGAAAUAACGACGUUGUUAUAUAACAAGAUAAGGCUCUACCGUAGCGAAUAGUUUGUAGUUUUCUUUUUGUAUAAACAUAAAUGUAGUGUUGAAAAUAUAAAUAAAUUCGAAAAUAAUAAAGCAUACAUAAACAAGC